AUGGCGGCGCUGGGGCUGAUGGCGGCGGCGGGCGCGGUAAUGCUGGCGGCGCUGCUCUGGCGGCGGCGGCGGGUGGCGGCGGGAGGCGCGGGGCGGGUGUGCGUGGCGGUGCUGGGCGACCUGGGCCGCAGCCCGCGGAUGCAGUACCACGCCCUCUCGCUGGCCCGGCACGGACGCGGCGUCGCGCUGCUGGGCUACCUCCAGAGCAGGCCGCACGGCGAGGUGCUGCGGAGCGGGGCCAUCCGGCUGGUGCCCGUGGCGGAGCUGCGGGCGCUGCGAGUUGGUCCGAAGCUUUUCCAGUAUGCCAUAAAAGUCCUUGUGCAGGCAGUACAGUUACUGUACGCAAUGCUGACGAUAGAUCAGCCAUCCUAUAUUCUUCUUCAGAAUCCUCCAGGCUUGCCUAGUAUAGCUGUUGCCUGGGUGGCGUGCCUUUUCUGGAGAAGCAAACUGAUAAUUGACUGGCACAACUAUGGAUAUACUAUCAUGAGUCUGAGUCAUGGAAAAAAUCACCCGCUAGUACAAAUUGCAAAAUGGUAUGAAAAGCUUUUUGGGCGUUUGUCUGACUAUAACUUGUGUGUCACUAAUGCAAUGAAAGAAGAUCUGUGGGUGAAUUGCAACAUAAAGGCAGUAACGCUGUAUGACAAGCCAGCUUCUUACUUUAAGGAAACACCAUUAGAACUUCAACAUCAGUUGUACGUGAAACUUGCCAAAGACUAUGAGCCAUUUAAGCCAUGUACAGAGUCUGUAACUUCGAAUGCUGAGAUGUCUGCCUUUACAGAAAGGGAUGAAAAGAGUGGACAUGUGAUAAAAACUAAAGGACGACCAGCUCUUCUAAUCAGCAGCACAAGUUGGACAGAGGAUGAAGACUUUUCAGUCCUUUUAAAAGCUUUAGAAGAUUAUGAGCGGUUUAUCAGUGAGGGAGUCAAGCUUCCGUCUUUAGUAUGUGUGAUAACAGGCAAAGGACCUCUAAAAGACUACUACAACAGACUGAUAAGUAAACUGCACUUUAAAUAUAUCCAGAUCUGUACACCGUGGCUUGAAGCUGAGGAUUACCCUCUUUUGCUUGGAUCAGCAGAUCUGGGAGUGUGUCUCCAUAAAUCAUCGAGUGGUUUGGAUUUACCCAUGAAAGUGGUAGAUAUGUUCGGCUGUUGUUUACCUGUGUGUGCAAUAUAUUUUGAGUGUUUACAUGAACUUGUGAAACACAAUGAAAAUGGUCUGAUAUUCAGGGACUCAAAUGAGCUUGCAGAACAACUAAAGAUGCUUUUCCUGGGAUUUCCUGCACUGGAAGGCAAACUUCACAACUUCAGGAAAAACCUUCGUGCAUCCGAGCAGCUGCGUUGGGAUGAGAGUUGGGACCAGACUGUUCUUCCUUUGCUUAAGCAGAAUGAAUGACUUUGGGGGGCAGGAGGGUAUCAAAAAGGCUAAUCCAUUCUUGGAGCUGCACAGAUUUGAUAACCAGUGAAUAAAUGCCUUUGUAUUAUCUAUAGUUGCAGUUUCUAACUACUUUCUCUUGAAACAAGUGUUUGGACACACCUCUUUACAAUUUGAGCUUACAUGAGAGAGAAUAGCGCUGAAGGCACAGCUGAGGCUAUUUGUUGUGUGCUCACAGUGUAAGUCUUGAGGGACGAUGUGGUUCCUGUGCUGAAGAGCUUGAGCCUUGCCAUCUGGAGUGCCUUUCCUUUCUUAUCGCUUGGGAUGAAUCUUUAGGUAGUGAGAGGGAGGUUUAGCUACUCUAGGAACUCAUACGUGCAAAAUCUGUUACCUGUGCUGCUUAAAGGUCACUUUUUGGUGAGGAUACUUGAACACAUACAUAAAAUUUUACUGAUUAUACCUGCUGUACAGUAAACACUUCAGUAGGUGAUUUGCCUAUGUUCUCUUGCAAAUAGGAGAUGCCUUUUAUUUGAUUUAUUUAAACUGAGGAUACAGUGGGUUUUUUACUUUUUCAACCAGUUAAUAUUCUUGGCUAGACUUCCCUAGAAAAGCACUGAAUAUCCUCGUCUGAUUUUAUUGAGGCAGAACCAUUUGGUUUCUAAGUUGCUUUCCUUUUUAGAGUGUGUGCAAGAAUGUGAAAGCACAGCCACUGGUGUGUGACAGCUUUAUUGAGCACUUAGAUGAAAAUAGACCUUUCUGUGAGUAGUGUCCUUGUACACUGAAGUGAAUGUGUCUGUUUACCUUGAGAAAGAACAUAAAAUUUACCCCUUUUUGAACAGAUGAAUAGAAAAGGAAAAAAUAAAACCUAAUCUUAUUAUUAAAGUAGGUAUAACUUAAUAAAAGUGCACUUCCUUUUGAGUGCUCACUUAGGUACACCCUGCAUCUUUUUAUUGUUAAUAUCAGCAUUCAUGUGCAGACCUAAUGCUUACAAGAUGCUUUUUUCAUCACCUUUUUGAUUAGAAAACAGAUGUCAGUCAUUUAAGGAAUAAAUGUGCUUGGUUUUA